AACCGGCAGGAUCUGAUCUGCAGCAGUGACGCUUGGAUUCCAUCCAGGAGCUGCCGCGCGCCGCGGGAGGAAAACUAACGUUCAUUUCUCUUUUCUUUUUUAAAUUCUGCUCAUCACUUGGGACCGGUCCAGUCCCGGGGAUCAUCAUCCCGCGCGUGCCGGACUGCGCGCGGAGUUCUGACGGUGGGUGACGGUUACGCGCUGGAGAGCAGCCGACCUCCGUGCGCCCGGAGGAGCGAGGCGGCCACCGGCACCAUGCUCUUCCCCGCGGAGAGCUCCUGCGACGCCGCGGGAGGCAACUGCACCGGCGGGUUCAACCUGACGCGGCAGCAGCAGCAGCUGGAGACCGCCGGGGACCUCGGCGGGGGGAGGAACGCCACCGACCCGUUCGGUCGGAACGAGGACGUGGCCAAGAUCGAGAUCACCGUGCUGAGCCUGUCCUUCAUCGCCGCCGUGGUGGGCAACGUGAGCGUGCUGCUCGCCAUGUACCAGACGCGGCGGAAGCCGUCGCGCAUGCACCUGUUCAUGAAGCACCUGAGCCUCGCCGACCUGGUGGUCGCCUUCUUCCAGGUGCUGCCGCAGCUCUGCUGGGAGAUCACGUUCCGCUUCUACGGGCCGGACCCGCUGUGCCGCGUCGUGAAGCACCUGCAGGUGCUGGGCAUGUUCGCCUCCACCUACAUGAUGGUGAUGAUGACCCUGGACCGCUACAUCGCCAUCUGCCACCCGCUGCAGACGCUCAAGAAGCCCACGCAGCGCGCGUACCUCAUGAUCGGCUCCACCUGGCUGUGCAGCCUGGUGCUCAGCACGCCGCAGUACCUCGUCUUCUCCCUGAGCGAGGUGCACCCGGGCUCGGGCGUCUACGACUGCUGGGGACACUUCGUGGAGCCGUGGGGGCUGCGCGCGUACAUCACCUGGGUCACGGCGGGCAUCUUCCUCGUGCCGGUGCUCGUGCUCGUGCUCUGCUACGGGUUCAUCUGUCGAACCAUCUGGCGGAACCUCAAGGACAAGACGCGCAGGAGGAGCGCGGGCGCCGUGGCCGAGGCCACCAAGGACGGGAUCCUGGGCCGCAGCUCGGUGAGCAGCGUCAGCUCCAUCUCGCGCGCCAAAUUACGCACGGUGAAGAUGACCUUCGUGAUCGUGGUGGCCUACGUGGUCUGCUGGGCGCCGUUCUUCGCCGUGCAGAUGUGGUCGGUGUGGGACGAGACGUCGUCCUGGAGCGAAUCGGAGAACACCAUCGUGACGCUGUCCGCCCUGCUGGCCAGCCUCAACAGCUGCUGCAACCCCUGGAUCUACAUGAUCUUCAGCGGCCACCUGCUCUCCGACUUCGCCGGCGGCCUGCCGUGUUGCCGCCGCCUGAGGACCAAGUUGGCGCCGCAGGACUCGGACAGCAGCAUCCGCCGCACCACGCUGCUGUCGCGCCUGCACGGGCCGCGGCUGUCGGAGCCGUCGUUCAGGGACGUCAACGCCCAACACUGUCCGCAGGUCCCGUCCGCGUCCUGACUGCGGGGAAACGCCGUCUGCGUGGUGAACGUGGACUUGGUGAACUUGGUUUAAUCUGCUGGUGUGUGGCAGCGGAGGAAGGAGCGACCUCGUCGGAGGGCGGGGCCACAUCAACUGUCAUCACGUCGGACAAACCGUCGCUCACGUCGCGGCCGUUGGCGCUGGUUGGUUUAGAUUCACUCGAGCUCCAAUGACUCGAUUCACCCUGACAGGUCGGAUCGUUGAAACAAAUCCUGCCGCCUUUAAUUUAAGCUUUUAAACACAAUGUUCUUGUUGUUGCUCUUCGUGUGUAAAUUAUAUGAAAUACGAGCAUCUGUCCACACUGAGAUUCAUUAAGUGACGCGCGAGGAAACGACUGAGAUUUCGUGUGUCAACACUCGCGUCUUCACGGGGUCGUUUCCUGUGUGAUGUGAGAUCACAGUCCGUCUCCUGGACGUGGAAACAGACCAUCGGCUCUUUGACGGGAGGCGUUCCUCCAAACCAGGAAGUACGGGAGUGAAUGGAGCCUUUACAGUGAAGCUUGGAAUUCACCAAAGGUGAUGCUGUAGAUAAAGUACAUUCACAUUUAUUGCAGGAGUCUGUAGAUGCUUGGAGAUCCGGUAUGAUUGUUUUAUGUCCAAUACAAGUUUACAAGACUUUAGUGUAGAAGUUUAUCCUCAUUAUUUUCUGCCAAUCCCAUGAAAAGAGCCGAGUCAACAGCAACGUGUUCAUCCGUCCACUGGGUGCGACUGACAACAAACCUUUAAAAAAACACCUCACGAACAUGUUGUUUCAACGCGCAGUCAGACCACACCCCCAAUUCUACGUCUGGUUGAAAAAACAACAACAUGAUGCUGGUCAGAAAGCAAAAAGUCAAGGCUUCGAAGCGACGGCUCACAAACCGACGGGUGACGUUGCGGUGGGUUGAUACUAGGUUCACGUACUUAAGAGCUGUCAACUCAUGAUGGUAUCACCAAGGAAGGAUAACAAUACCAGGACUGAACGGGGCUGGCGUGACUCACUGAUGGUGAGGAGUCUCGCUCCCAUUUCAGUGUAAUUAACCACAAGGAACAAAAACUGCAUCUCAGAGACAUUGAAGGAGAACUUCCGCUUAAAGCUGCAGUUAUUGAUUUUAUAAACACAAUGAUGGUUAUAAACACAACCCUGACGUCGAGAUGAUCAACUCUUUUGUUAAUAUAGUGAACGUGUGAGCAAACAGUUGCUCAAAUUUUACGUCUGGCAGUUACAGAGGAAAGUUUUCCCUCUCUUUUAGCUCCGUGUUUGGUCUCCACCGCCUCCUCCGGACGGAAACGUCUGGCUCUCUAGCUGCUGAAUGCUCCACUGUGUUCACCAGCAGCUGCGCAGGAAGUGCACAGCAGACGUUUAGAGGCUUUUACUCUGAAAAACAGCUGCUCACUGAGGAAGAAAACUACGCUACGCGAGAUACGGGCGGCGAGAUUUAAAUGUUUGUUUUCGCAAAACUUUAGAGAAUUUUGUUUUCAGUUCUGUCAGUUACAUUGUGUACAGGCUCUGAGGUCGCUGCUAAGUCGAGGAUUGUCUUUGGCGAUUAGAGUGUUGACAUUAUUGCACACUCAACGAUUCUUAUUAGCCACCAAUCACCAACGACUGUUCCAGACAGGAAACAGACUCGGUCCAACUCGGCCCCGUCAGUCGUCAGUCGACCCCAAAAUCCUGCUCAGACUCGACUCAACAACAUUAUAAAGUAACAACACGUCAGCUCCCGACACCCUCAGCAAGAAUUACUUUAAACUUUAAAAAACGUAAAAGUCGAUUUAUCUUGUUUACUUCUGCUCGUGUUGCUCUGGCAGGAAAUCUUAGUCUCAGCUUGCGUCCAUACAAAGACAUCCAGUCAGUAACUAUCAUAUUUCAAAACUAUCCAAAAAAUAUUCAUUUAAAGUUUCAGCAAUUAAACACACACAUUGACAUGAAUGUAUCAGGACACAGUCUCUCCACUUUUGAAAGGUACUAGGGAUGUGAUUAUCUUCCUAUUAUUUUCUUGAGAACACUGAUUUUUUUUAAAUGAAGUUAAUAUUUACAUAUUGUUUACAGAGAGAUUCAGUUUUCUGUCAAAGAAGCAGUGGUGGAAAUUUAAGUACUGUACUUUAAGUACAGAUUUGAUGUUAUUGUACUUUAAUUUUUCUCGUAUUCCCUAUUUUUAUUCUACAUCAUAAUUCUAUGACACAACACAAUUUUAAAACUUGAUUAAAGUCGAGCUGAUUAAUUUCCUGUCCAUCCUCUGAUCAAUUAAUCACCUCUGGAAGCUGACAACGAUAACAUUAAUACUUGAUACAAAGUAUGUUAAUGAGAAGUAAAAUUGCACUUCUAAAAAUAUAUAUAAAUGAUAUAAACCUCGUCACACACACACACAUUUUCUUGUUGAUAUUAAGAUGUUUUAGUGAUGUAAUGUUUUAUGUCUCUCUGUAUAUUGUUGUAAUAUGUAUAUCUAUAUUGCACAUGUUGUAAAUUAAAAUAAAAGUUAUUCCUCGUAUUUUCA